UGUGUGUGUGUGUAUGUGUAUGUGUGUGUGUGUGUGUGUGUUGCAGCUGCUCGUUGGUGUAUUUAGAAACAGCUCAGUGUGUCACAGACUCAGAUUGUGGACAGACCUGAACACUCGUGGACGGUUCUGAAGAGUCCUCGACCUGGAUCAGUGUGAGCUCCUCUAAUGUGACACAGAGGGUCCUGGUUCUGGUCCUGGUUCUGGUCCUGGUCCUUCAGGUCCUGAACUUCAGAAAUCCAGACUGGAUCUUAAACUGGGUGACUUUCUGUUUCCACAACAACGGCUGUCUCACAUCACAAACUGUCCUGUCGUCUGAUGGGUUCUGAACAGGUAGAAGGUGUCAGGUGAGCUGGACCUUCAUCAUCAUCAUCAAGUGAUGAAGCACGGACUCUUCAGACGGUUAACAGACUUCACAGGCAUCAUCUGACAGAGUCGAGAUCAUCUCUGUGAGUCCGUCUGCUGAUGGAGCCUCAAGAUGCAACUGCAUGGCAACCAGCGUUACCAUGGAAACACUGCAUCCACCUGACCUUGCUGCUGGUCCAGCUGAGUCUACCUCAAGUUGGAGCUUCCUGUCGCAUCCUGAGGUGUAACUCUGACUUUGUGGCUGCGACGUUGGACCUGGGCAGCAGCAGCAGCAGUGGAGGAGGACCAGGAGGACCAGUAGGACCAGGAGGACCAGGAGGACCAGGAGGAGGUCCAGUUGGCGGGCCAGCUUUCAGCAGGGAGGCAGUGAAUGCUGGUUACUGCAGUGCCCUGCGCUCUUACGCCAUGUGCACUAAGCGAAUGGCGCGGGCGUGUCGCGGUGACCUGGCGUAUCACUCUGCAGUUCAGGGCAUUGAGGACCUGCUGAUCCAGCAUCGCUGCCCCCGUGCGGGGCCCACCGCCCAGCCCCGGCCCCUGCCUCAGGGCACACUGCUGGGGGACGCCUGCCUCUAUGAGAGGAGCUUCUCCAGCAGAGAGGGUCGGACACCGGAGUACCUGCACUGCGGCGUGUUUGGAGACCCACACGUUCGAACCUUCAACAACGACUUCCAGACGUGUGCCGUGCAGGGGGCGUGGCCUCUCAUAGACAACGAGUACCUGUACAUACAAGCCACCAGCUCCCCGACAAGAGGCGGGACGCACGCCACAGUGCUCACAAAGAUCACCGUCAUCUUUAAGAACUGGCGUCAGUGCGUCGACCAGCAGCUGUACCAGGCGGAGCUCAAUAACGUCCCGGCCGCCUUCGCUGACGGCUCAGUGUCGAGCGGGGAGCGGCAAGGCCAUCACAGCCUGACGGUCCGGACUCAGAGUCCCGGCCGGCACGUGGAGAUCCGAGCGGCUCACAUCGGCACGCUGCUGGUGGUGCGACAGAGUGGACGCUCGCUCAGCCUGUCGGUCCGCUCGCCACGCAGCAUCGUGGAGGCCUUCGGACCCGAGCAGGACCUGCAGCUGUGUGUGUGGGGCUGCCCCCCCUCCCAGAGACUCAACACGCUCCGCCCCCCACCACUAGGCUCCUCCCCUUCUUCUGCCAGCGCCCAGGCUCAUUGUGCCGCGCUGCUUCCUGCUCGAGACGUCUACUACCAGGCCUGUGUGUUCGACCUGGUCGCCAGCGGAGACCUGAACUCCAGCACGGCCGCCGUCAGCGCGCUGCAGGACGCCCGUCACAUGAUCUCUGACUCGCAGAGAGUCCACCUGCUGCCGGUGGCCUCCGCCGAGCUACGCCGAGCACGACUGGACCUGACGCUGCUGCUGCUCGGCAUGCUGGGAACUCUACCUGGAGCCUGAGGCACUCGGACAAUGACCUCACUCCACACACACCUGUGGUCAUGUGACCGCUGCAGAUCCAACAUGGCGUCCUGAUGAGAGCUCAUGUGAUGAAACACUGACGUCGUGAUCCUGGAUCAGUUUGAUGUGAUUUGAGUGUGUUUGGGUGUCUAACAGCAGCUAACGAACUGAGCUAACAUGAGCUAACAGCAGCUAACGAACUGAGCUAACAUGAGCUAACAGCAGCUAACGAAC